AUGCUAUUGCCGGGUCGGGUGAUUCAAGACAACCAGCAAGCGGUGCUGUUGGGCACCCUGCUCAUCACCGCCGCCCUCGCAUUAGUCGGCACCUCCCCACGACACUCCCUCACCACCAGCGCUGUCGCAUGGACAUGCAUCUGGGCAUAUACACGCUACAGAAGCGACCUCAGUAGCACCGGAGAGUCGCAGGGACGAGUACUGUCAUGGACAGCAGGAGUGCUGCUGGCCCUAUCCAGCGUAUGCGAAAGAGCUGUGGAAAGAGGUCACAUAUAUUGGGCCAAGGCUCUUCUUCCCGUCCUCGUCUGCGUAGUCGUCAAAGUGGAUGCAUUCGGCACCGCACGCUUCAUAUCGAGUACAGACACUCGAUCUGCAGAAAAGUCAAAGAAUGGAGACACGAGACUGUUAGCAGCGCUCACUGUGUCGGCACUUGUAGCUCUAAACCAUUUGAGUGAGCUGCGGACAACACUCGCGCUUGGCUGUUGUAACGCCGUGCUCGUGGCCGUAGUCCUGUCGCUGUUGCAAUCCGCCCAUCGAGAGACAGUCUCGACAAGCGGGCCUGACGAUGGAGUAAUAUCUGUGAGUGGCCUGCUUUCUCAGCCGACGAUCAAGAGAGAUACACAACAAGUGUUGGUCGAUGUGUCGUUUGCAGCUGCGUUGGCACAAUGGCUGUCGGCUUUUGUUCUAGAGGAGUUUAGUACCAGACCAUUUUGGUUUGCUUUUCUACCACAACAGAUUUUGAUGGUGGUAUUGGGCGUGGCUAUGAUAAUGAUUCACGUCAUGUUGAACAAGACGAUCAUUCUCGCGGUAAGUCAAGACGAGAUAAGGGUGUCUCGCAGGNUCGAUAAAUGCGACCAGGUCACAACAGCUUCAACUUUUGUUGUCGCAGCACUCGCCGCCCAAUUGACAGCCGACUUUUCGCUAGGACGACUGUGGUUUGCGUCGAUAUGCCUCCUGUCACUCUACGCUUAUCUCCAUGACCGCACGACCUCGACUACUCGACACUCUUCGCAAGACGGUCGAGCAAACAUGCGCUCGAGACGCCUUCUCACGCUGCUGCUUCUUGUCUCGCUAGCUUUGCUUGCAAUUUUCAACUUCCGCGACGGCUUGAUCGCUCGAGUCGUUUCAGAAAGUCCGAGUCGCCCGUCUGGCCCUGCCAGUCCCUGGUCACCUACGCUUCGCGACCAAGACCUAUCCCGUCCUUUACAAUACAACGACAGCCAUGUCCACCCAAUCGAAUAUCUAGCAAAGAACGCCGAAAACGACUUUACUGCUCUACUACAAAGACAGUCACGUACUCUGGACGAAGCCGUCACUGAGUACAAGCGCCGAUACAACAUACCCNCCCCACCUCAUUUCGACAAAUGGUUCCAGUUCGCGAAAGAUCGCAAUGUUCAGCUCAUAGACGAGUUCGACACCAUCUACCACUCCUUGCUUCCGUUCUGGGGUUUGGNNAAGCCUGUAACAAUAAGACGAAGGGUGCAAGAGGCCAUUGGUUUUGAUGGCAACAGCCUGAUCGCUUUGAUGGUAAGAGGCGGAAAGGUGACACAUGUGCGCAGCGGACAAGAAUGGCAGCAGAAGGCGACAAUUGGCAUGAUGGACAAAUUCAUCCAGUAUCUGCCCGAUAUGGAUCUGGCCUUCAACAUUCACGACGAGCCUCGAGUCGUUGUUCCACAUGACGAAUUGUCUCGCCUGGUGGACGUGGCGAAGACCAGGAACAUGCCUGCUGCCUUUGCAAACCCGAACCCUAAGGACGCUUUCUCACCUCGACCAAAAGAUGUGAACCCAGGUGAACGAGUUGAUGAGGUUAAAGUCACACGAUUCAACGUGUUUGCUCAUCAACCUACCUGGAUUCCUUCACGUCUUUCUUGUUCUCCGGACAGCCCUGCUCGGGCCCUCGAAGAAGAGAUCACACCUGAUAACAUCGCAGCCUAUGCAAUCAGCGAGCUAGGGUUUGUGUAUAAUGACACAGCCUUCAGCGACGUUUGCAACUCUCCUUCUUUCGGCACAUCACAUGGCUUCUUCGACCGACCGAAUGCAUUUAAUGUUGUGCACGACCUUGUACCGGUCUUUUCUCAGUCCAAGAUGAGUAGUUUCCAGGACAUUCUGUAUCCUUCUCCGUGGUAUUGGUACGGAAAAGUUACCUAUGAUUCACAUAAGGACGUGGCCUGGGAGAAGAAAGAAAGCAAGCUGUGGUGGGUCGGUAGCACGACUGGCGGGUUCUCACGCGAUGGUGGCUGGCGUCGUCAACACCGUCAGAAACUCGUGCACAAGCUCAAUGCACCUGACCAGGCCAAGAUCAUGUACGACGCGCACCUUACCUCGGCUUCUUCGCGCGACGACAAUACUCCCGACUGGCAAAUGCGCUCCGUACCGCGCUCCGACUAUGCCGAACUCAUGGACGUCCACUUCUCUCAUGUUGGUCAAUGCGAUCCUGGUGAUUGCGAUGCGCAAAAGGAUUUCUUCAAGAUUGUGCCACCAGCUGAUCAGCAAGAUGCUUGGAAGUACAAGUACUUGCUUGACAUGGACGGCAAUGCUUUUAGUGGCCGAUUCUAUGCAUUCCUCAAGUCCCACAGCCUGGUGUUCAAGAUGGCAGUGUUCCGUGAGUGGCAUGCAGAGUGGCUCAAGCCCUGGAUUCACUACGUACCGCUUAGUUUGAGAGCAGAAGAAGCUCUCGAGUCAGUACGGUACUUUGGAUCCGAGGAAGUCGGCAAGGACAUGGCUAUCGAGAUGGCCGAAAGAGGCCGAGAGUGGAGCAACAAAGUGCUUAGAAACGAGGACUUUGAAGUAUGGUUCUUUAGGCUCUUGCUCGAGUACGGAAGACUUGUGGACGACAACAGGGAGAGCAUUGGCUUCGGAGCAUAG